CCGGUUACACCUCUCUUCUUUUCACUCUGUCCGUGUCUUCUUCCCACGGUCACAAAGAAAGCGUUUGACUCUUCAACAGAGAACUCUUGCAUUUGGAUUUUCUCCUUAAAACCAUCUAAAUCUUGACCUUGGAACCAUGGGGGCACUGCAGUGCAUCAAAUACCUGGUGUUUGUGUUCAACUUUCUCUUCUGGCUGGCAGGCACUGCAGUGCUGGCUGUGGGCCUGUGGCUGCGUUUUGACACCAGGACAGCAGGACUGUUUGAAGGAGAGGAGUCGCCUUCAGUCUUCUUCACUGGUGUGUACAUCCUGAUUGCGGCGGGGGCUCUGAUGAUGGUCGUGGGCUUCCUAGGAUGCUGCGGAGCCAUUAAAGAGUCGCCGUGCAUGCUGGGAUUGUUCUUCCUCUUCCUGCUCCUCAUCUUCGCUGUGGAAGUUGCUGCUGGGAUCUGGGGACUCUCCAACAAAGACAGGGUGGUGGAGGAAGUUACAGAGUUCUAUAAGCAGACCUACACCAACUACAAAGACACCCGACAGGAAGCGCUGAAGGAGACCCUGCGUCUCAUCCACUUUGGACUGAACUGCUGCGGCCCCACAGGGACGGUGAUUGAUGCUGCCAAAGACAUCUGCCCCAAGAAGGAGGGACUGGAGGUCCUCAUCACCACGAGCUGUCCAGCUGCCAUCGAUGAGAUGUUCAACAACAAACUGCACAUCAUCGGCGGAGUCGGCAUCGGUAUCGGCGUCAUCAUGAUCUUUGGGAUGAUCUUCAGCAUGAUGCUCUGCUGUGCCAUAAAGAGGUCCAGAGACUUUGUCUGAACAAACACCACCACAAAAACACACAAACCCCCUCUGAUCUUUAAUGUGUCCUCACUUUUACAACCCCUGCUUUAGAGUUUAUGUCAGUUUAAUAAUUGUAACAGCCAGUCCUGAGUUUGGAUCCAUACUGGAUGGCCCCGUCGACCUGUGAGAGUAUGGAACCUGGGCAGUGACCCUCCUUCAUUUUUGACUCUUUUCCACUCUGGGUGGAAAUGUAAUCUCCCCUCAGAUCCUGCAAAGUAAACUGAACAUAGGGGUGUUUUUAGUCCGGUACCCGUAUAAUGAAUUUAUUCUACUUUUCAUCACAACGUAAAACAGGUUGAUCACUGGCAGGAAAAAGAGACAAUGACUCUGCUGCCCCCUGGAGGACUUGAAGAUCACUCCUUUAACUAUUUCUUUUGUCAGCUCCUCACUGUUGGAUAAUAUCGCCUUCAGUUUAUGUAAAAUGUGUUAAAAGUUUGCCUGUGGUCAGUUAUAAUCUAACAGGCUUUUUGCAGCUAACUGAAUUUUAUCGUGUGACUCUUUUUUUAAUUUUGCUCGUUCCUGAAGUUUGAUUUUUUUAUAAAAGCUGAACAUUGGAGUUUUAUGCAGGUCUAUUGAAGAAUGCAGUUCAAAUAUAUCUUUAAAAAUGACAAAUAAAUGAACUAAUGAACAAUAAUUUGUCUUAUAUUGAGCCUUCUAUAAGUGGUCGUCAACAUUUUUUUUGGGGGAUGUUUUUCAUUGUUUUCUGAAAUGUCUAGAGACUUUUCAGUACAAGUGAACUGAUGUCUUUACUCAAGACUUGAUUAUUUUCACCAAAUGACGACUGUUGCCUUGUAGCCCAAGUUCAGAGUUAAUGAACAUUAACUGUAGGUUUUUAUCAAAGUCAAGUUCAUUUUAUUAUUAUUUCAAAAAUCAGCAGUUUUUGUCAAGGCUUUACAAUCUGUGCAUCUGUAGACAUGCUCCGUGUGAAGACUUCAGAUCCAUCUUAUAUCCAUUGUUUUAUUUAUUUUAUUUUUAGCCUUGCUAGCAUAGUGACUGUGGAUGAUAAAUAUUGGAAAAUAAAAUAAAAACUUGGAUUCAAACACAACAACAUCUAGUGAUUAAACCCACAGGCGAAGUACAUGAAGGUCAAACUCUCA